UGUGCCGGCAUUAACGCACACAUGUUCAUACAGGCACUUGUGCGUAGGCCAAUUCAUUGGUUUUGUGAUGCGUAUCUCGAAGUUCCUUUUGUUUUGGCGGUUUUAGCUUUAGUUGGUGCUUUAGGUUUUAACAGUGCAAUCUUCGCCGUACACAACCAGAUGUUUUCCGUGUCUGUGUUCAACUAGUACCGAAGCUGUGGUUUCGGCCACUGCCUUCAAUGACACAUGGAGCCGUGCACUUCUUCAAAAAAUGCACUCGUGUUCUCUUCGGCCGCCACUUGGUGGCAACCAAUGCAACAAUAUCGACGGUCAUGGGCAUUGUCGGUGACCUCGUGCAGCAGCACUACGAAGUUUUGUCCGGCCGCCAAGCUGCAAUCAAUUCAGUGCGGACAUCCCAUAUGGCAGCAGCUGGUCUGACUACUGGAAUGGUGUGUCACUAUUGGUACGUCUUACUCGACCGAUGGAUGUUGGGACGGUCUGUGCGCACGGUAUUGCUCAAGGUGCUCUAUGACCAAGUAGUCUUUUCGCCCAUCAAUUUGGUUGUCUACUUUGGCACUGUGGGUUUGCUAGAGCGUUCAAGCUGUGCUGAACUAAGCCAUGAGCUCUGGUUCAAAGGUGGUACUGUUUAUAAAGUAGAAUGGGUAGUAUGGCCACCAGCACAGUUUCUAAACUUUUAUGUGCUUCCUCUGAGGUAUCGAGUCUUUUUUGACAAUCUUAUUUCCUUUGGUUUUGAUGUAUACCUACCAUAUGUCAAAUAUAAGGGCCACAUGUCUCACGCCAACCAUAGCUGAAUGCAUUCGUUGUAAACUACUGUUGUCACUUGAAAAUGCAAAAGCAGUAACAAAAGAAAACAAAGGUGCUAAAGAGACAUUGAAAAUGUAUUUUGUUACUUUGGCCUGACAGUUGCACUAAAUCUAUGAUAUACUGAGCAGAGGUGCACACUUUUACAUGGAAGUUCACUGUAGUUUUUUACUGUAGUAGAUUUCAGAAAUAGUGUGUGAAGUAUUUUAAAACACUAUAUUGAAUUUUCAUAGUCAUUGUUUACCAUCUAGAUGUCUUGUUCAAUACCCCAUGUGUCUUAUUUGGCCCAUUUAUUCUAAGAUACCAGCUUUAACCUGGUACAGUUGAUAAAACAAUACAUUGUCCUAGCUGCUAACAACAGGGAAUUCAUAAAAAUUGCUGCUUUCAUAAAUGAUGCUAGAUCAUUUGUUUUUAACUUGAGAUAACAAAUUAUCAGUAAUUGUUUGGCCACUUGCUCUCCAUCAUGUGGUAGCUGUGAUGACUGAGAAACCUGGAAAGCAAUUGCAGAGCACCAUUAUGGUUCCCGACACCAGUGCACGUCAAAUGGCGCACGCAGCAGAAAAGCCUUGUGUGCACAAUGUUGUCGUAUGCCGUUUUUAAAGCAACACUAAAAUGAAACACUAAAUUAGUUUACACUGAUGAAUUGAACUUUGAAAUCUUUAGCAUCAUUAAUGUUACCACCAUAGGCCUAUAAUUACAUCAAAAAAUUGACGUUAAAAUUUUACUUUUAAGUUUCCCAUCACAAUUUCUGAUUGCGAGGUCCUGGAUUUUAAAGUUUUCAAUAUUUGGCCACAUUGGUUUAAUGAAAUUUACUGAAACUUGGCAUGUUAGGUCUCUGGCACCCACAAAGACAAUCUACUCCAUUUUUACCAGUUAGGAACCAUGGAUGUUCUAGUCCGCAUCAUCAAAAUGACAUCAUAGUGAUUGGUUCAGAAACAUUCAAGUGGCGUCGCUGCCCUCAUUUUUUGUUUUUUUACUCACCAAAUGUCUUCUCUUGGCAGAAGUGGUGAUUAUGAUAUUAUGAGGAUACUUUACUAAUAGAAUACUAAUUGUUUUUUCAUUUAGUAUUCUUUUAAACAAUGGAUUUGCCUACAUAACCCAUGAUUAGCAGACUAUCAACUGAUGAGGCCAUGUCAGCCUGAAUAUUGCAUAGUAGUUUUGAAUACGAACCGUCUACAUUGUUGGGUAUGGGAGCUAUCACUGAGAAAGAAUCUAACAUAUGGCCACACAGUGCGGGCGGCUGUAAUGAAAGUACUGCCAGACACCAGCAUGGUGUUGUGUGAAUAGCCUAGGAUGGCCGAGUCUAUAGUUCAGGAUCACAGUGGUUUUAUUCAACAUUAUUAUAAGAGGGAGCUAUAAGGAAUGGUGCAAGAGAUUUAGGGCAAACAAGUUCAAGUUGUCGUUGUGACCUCAAAUACUUCAUGCAUGAACUAUUUGGUAACACGAUUUUUUGCCAUUCCGCAAAACCUUUGCACACUUUCUGUCAUCUGAGGAAGCAUUAUAAGCCUACAAUAAGCCAGUAGGCUUGUAUGAUUGAACACACAGAGAUGGGGUCACCUCAGUUGUUUUGAAUGUACCACCAUCUUAAAUGGCUCGUGAAAAAAAAAAACAAGUUUUUAAGUGCAGUAGAGUUUCGGUAGUCUCACUUUAUAAAAGUACAUAGUGUUUCCUUUUAUCCAUCAAGCUGAUUUGACCUCAUGAAUUGUCAUUUAGAAAUUCAUUCAUUUCUGGAAAAAACUUGUUAUAAAAUUUUCAGUGUGAAACUUUGCUAAAAGGAAGAUAAGGUCAUAGUUACAUUGUGCUUAUCUGAUAUGCUGGGUACAUUAUGGUACAUUCUUAAAGGUCACAUCUUGUUGAACCUAAAAAGGGGCACCGACAUCGAAACAUUUGUUUUGGGACUUCGAUACUUUGAUGUGUGACUGGUAAUCACAAAAUUGAAUCGUAAAAGCUAAAGUGCAGCAUAAUUAACAUGACUUAUGUUAAUUAUAAAUUUUUGUGUAACCUUGAAACGCCCUUCAAGAAUCAUAAGAAACUAGUGCCCUGUCAGGACAGCACUGUAAGAUCACGUGCGUGCAAACUUGGCAACUUAAAGGCCAUGCUUUUUGGAUUGGGUAAAUCCACGUUCUGAAAGGAAUAAAACAACAUGGGCACUGCCGUGUCAGCCAGGGUGUGCUACCACAGCAACGUUGUGCUGCUGAAUCUUCUGCCUACAGUAGCACAUCUACCAUAAAAUAACACAUAAUUCACUCGCCUGCCCAUCCCCUCUCCCCACUUCGUGGUUCUAAGAGUGCUCCCCUCCUGAAAAAAUAAAUUUCUUGCUAUGCCACUUGAAACAUCUCUGGCAUAACCUGCACAACAGCCUAGAGGUCUGCCUGACUAGAGAACUAGGCAGGGGCAUGACAAGGCACCCAUUGUUUGACAGUACAGGUAGUGCUGUUUGAACCUCCAAACUUGUGUGUGCAAUGUCAGCAGUACUUGCACUUGGAAUGGGUGAAACAUCAGAAGGAGCCAGAGUAGUCACUACAUGCAUCAUAUCGAUGAUAACGUCGGGAGAUGCCGCCUACCGAGGCGAGCACUCGUACUUACUGUAUAAAAUAUUCCUAUGCAUGAGAAGAAUGUAUCAACACAAAUGUCUCGAGUCUGAAAUUUUGGUGUCAGUGGUUCUUUCAUUGUUCAUUACAUGCUGAGAUCUUCCAUGAAGGCAUGCAGCAGGCUCCUGUAUGAACAGAUGUGUGAUCAGCACUUCACACGAAAGCCUUUUGUGUGAUAAAUGUAGAUAAAUUCUGCCUCUCACUUUUAUUUAAUAUUUGGUUGUUCUUUUUCAGAGUUGACUGUAGUAUAUGGUAACAUAUUCUCAGAUAUAGCCUUCUAAUGACUGUUAAAUGAUCUACUGUAACAAAAUGGCAGCAUUUUAAACAUUUCUUUAGAAUGCAAUAUAUUCAUGUGGCUGGGAUUGUAUAAUUUCAUUUUUCCAGAUACAAAACACCAAAACUACUGAUAGGUGCGAUAAAUACAUAGCAUAAAAUUAUGGAUUGAUGUAAACUUCAUAGUAGGAGAGUGUUUCAUCAUAAAAUGGUGUUGUCAACUCACAGUUGUAAUGCUCGUGUUGUGUACGUGGUGUGUUGAAAUUCAUGUAUUAAUGUAAAGCGUAAUGUUGACAGCCAGUACAUGUAUUGAAAGAUGAUUUUAGUGUCAUAUGGAAUAGUACUAUUCCACUAUAAAAAGUGCCUUGCAAUAAGAGCUGUGUAACCAGAGCUGAUACUGGUACCUGUUCUGUAUUGUGCCUACGAAUAUGUGAAUAGUUAUUUUUUUCUGUAGAUACAUAUAUUUAUACGUACUGUUGUUUCUUGUUGACAUUUAUAUUCUGUUGGUAGAAUCUCGAUGAUACGAAUUCGAAAAGAGCACGCAAAAUAUUCGUAUCAUACUGAAUUCGUAUCAACCAAAAACAAGUUAAAGCUGAUAUUGAAUAUGAACAAGAAUGUUAUUGGCAACUACUUUUUGCUGAAAAUGUUCAUGAUGUUCUUUUGAACUUUCCUGCUUUCACCGUCACUCAAUAAAGUGCCGUGGUUUCCUCACU